AUGUCCUCUCAUAAUCACCACCAUAACCACCCCGAUCACCACGCACACUCGUCUCACCAACACGGCCCAACGCAUGAUUCCUCCGUGCACUCCCCCCAUCGACACAACCCCAGCGCGACAUAUACCAGCUCUUCAGACCCAUCGACCGCACCGCACGCGCCCUCCACGCACAAGAUCCUCGGCGACAUCAAGGGCGCUGUGCACGGGGUGACGGGCUCGCUCCAAGCGGCCACGGGGACCGUGUUGGGUCAGAAACACAUGGCCGACAAGGGUUUUGCAAAGAUGGGCGAAGAGGAUGCUCGCUUGGCAGCGAAGACGGGCAAGCCGCCAGUACAGGUACAGGUACAGGCGCCGCCGCCUCCGAGCAUGGGAGGGGUCUCGCUCACGACCGAACCUGAGCAAGUCACCAGUCACCAGUCAACAGGCACCGGUAAGCCGUGGAACGUGGAACGUGGUAUUGAGCUGGCUAGCUAUCAAAGUGGGAGCGAGAGCUAG